AUGGACGUGCUGGCGGAGGAGUUCGGGAGCCUCAGCCCGGAGCAGCUGGCUGCGCCGAUCCCGACUGUAGAGGAAAAAUGGAGGCUGCUUCCAGCAUUUUUAAAGGUGAAAGGCCUUGUGAAACAGCACAUAGACUCCUUUAACUAUUUCAUUAAUGUGGAGAUAAAGAAGAUAAUGAAAGCCAAUGAAAAGGUUACAAGUGAUGCUGACCCCAUGUGGUACUUAAAAUAUCUUAAUAUCUAUGUUGGACUUCCUGAUGUUGAAGAAAGCUUCAAUGUAACGAGACCAGUGUCCCCUCAUGAGUGCCGUUUGAGGGACAUGACAUACUCUGCCCCAAUCACGGUGGACAUUGAGUAUACCCGAGGCAGCCAGAGGAUAAUCCGAAACGCAUUACCCAUUGGCAGAAUGCCCAUCAUGCUACGAAGUUCAAACUGUGUUCUGACAGGGAAAACUCCAGCAGAGUUUGCCAAAUUGAACGAAUGUCCAUUAGACCCAGGUGGCUAUUUCAUUGUUAAAGGGGUUGAAAAAGUUAUUCUUAUCCAAGAGCAGCUGUCCAAGAACAGGAUCAUUGUAGAGGCGGAUAGGAAGGGGGCCGUUGGAGCUUCAGUUACCAGCUCCACCCAUGAGAAAAAAAGUAGAACCAAUAUGGCUGUGAAACAAGGACGGUUUUAUUUAAGGCAUAACACCUUGUCUGAAGAUAUACCCAUUGUCAUCAUAUUUAAGGCCAUGGGUGUUGAGAGUGACCAGGAAAUUGUGCAGAUGAUUGGAACAGAGGAGCACGUGAUGGCUGCAUUUGGGCCCAGCUUGGAGGAGUGCCAGAAAGCUCAGAUUUUCACACAGAUGCAGGCAUUAAAAUAUAUAGGGAAUAAAGUAAGAAGACAAAGAAUGUGGGGCGGUGGACCAAAGAAAACAAAAAUAGAAGAAGCAAGAGAACUCCUGGCUUCAACCAUUCUGACCCAUGUACCAGUAAAGGAAUUCAAUUUCCGAGCUAAGUGCAUCUACACUGCAGUCAUGGUGCGAAGGGUGAUUCUGGCCCAAGGAGACAAUAAAGUCGAUGACAGAGACUAUUAUGGUAACAAGCGACUGGAAUUGGCCGGACAGCUCUUAGCUCUUCUUUUUGAAGAUUUAUUCAAAAAAUUUAAUUCGGAAAUGAAGAAGAUUGCAGACCAAGUGAUUCCUAAACAAAGAGCAGCCCAGUUUGAUGUUGUGAAACACAUGCGCCAAGACCAGAUCACCAAUGGCAUGGUGAAUGCCAUUUCCACUGGAAACUGGUCUCUAAAGAGAUUUAAAAUGGACCGCCAGGGUGUGACCCAGGUGCUAUCUCGUUUGUCGUAUAUUUCUGCGCUUGGCAUGAUGACAAGGAUCUCUUCCCAGUUUGAAAAAACAAGGAAAGUGAGUGGCCCUCGUUCUCUCCAGCCAUCUCAGUGGGGAAUGCUGUGUCCCUCUGACACACCUGAAGGAGAGGCCUGUGGCUUGGUUAAAAACUUGGCCCUUAUGACACAUAUUACAACUGACAUGGAAGAUGGACCCAUUAUUAAAUUAGCUGGCAACUUGGGAGUAGAAGAUGUGAAUUUAUUAUGUGGAGAAGAACUCUCUUACCCAAAUGUGUUUCUCGUCUUCCUAAAUGGCAACAUCUUAGGUGUCAUUCGAGACCAUAAAAAGCUUGUCAGUACAUUUCGGCUGAUGCGAAGAGCGGGAUAUAUCAAUGAAUUUGUUUCUAUCUCCACGAAUCUUACAGACCGAUGUGUUUAUAUUUCCUCUGAUGGAGGACGGUUGUGCAGGCCUUACAUAAUUGUCAAGAAGCAAAAGCCAGCAGUGACAGUUAAGCACAUGGAAGAGUUGGCUCAAGGCUACAGGAACUUUGAAGAUUUCUUACAUGAGAGUCUAGUUGAAUACUUAGAUGUGAAUGAAGAAAAUGAUUGCAACAUUGCACUCUAUGAACAUACGAUUAAUAAAGAUACCACCCACUUGGAGAUUGAACCCUUCACUCUUCUUGGUGUUUGUGCUGGCCUCAUCCCAUACCCUCAUCACAACCAGUCUCCAAGGAACACCUACCAGUGUGCUAUGGGCAAGCAAGCCAUGGGUACCAUUGGAUACAACCAGCGAAAUAGAAUUGAUACACUUAUGUAUCUACUAGCAUAUCCACAAAAACCCAUGGUUAAAACAAAAACCAUUGAGUUGAUAGAUUUUGAGAAAUUGCCAGCGGGACAGAAUGCAACUGUUGCUGUGAUGAGUUACAGUGGCUAUGACAUUGAAGAUGCCCUUGUUCUGAACAAGGCCUCCCUAGACAGGGGUUUUGGGCGUUGUCUUGUAUAUAAAAAUGCUAAGUGCACAUUGAAACGAUACACCAAUCAGACCUUUGAUAAGGUGAUGGGUCCCAUGUUGGAUGCUGCUACCAGAAAACCCAUCUGGCGACAUGAAAUUUUAGAUGCAGAUGGCAUUUGUUCUCCAGGUGAGAAAGUAGAAAACAAACAAGUACUUGUAAACAAGUCCAUGCCCACAGUGACUCAGAUUCCUCUGGAAGGAAGUAAUGUGCCACAGCAACCACAGUACAAAGAUGUCCCUAUCACGUACAAAGGUGCAACAGAUUCCUACAUUGAGAAAGUGAUGAUCUCUUCCAAUGCUGAGGAUGCCUUCCUCAUCAAAAUGCUGCUGAGACAGACGCGGCGUCCAGAGAUCGGAGACAAGUUCAGCAGUCGUCAUGGACAAAAAGGUGUUUGUGGCCUGAUCGUCCCUCAAGAAGACAUGCCAUUCUGUGAUUCUGGAAUCUGUCCCGACAUCAUAAUGAACCCACAUGGCUUCCCAUCAAGAAUGACGGUCGGAAAGUUAAUUGAGUUGCUGGCCGGCAAGGCAGGUGUGUUAGACGGCAAGUUCCACUAUGGCACGGCCUUUGGAGGGAGUAAAGUAAAGGAUGUGUGUGAAGACCUCGUUCGCCAUGGUUAUAACUACCUGGGGAAGGACUAUGUCACUUCGGGCAUCACAGGUGAGCCCUUAGAAGCAUACAUCUAUUUUGGACCUGUGUACUAUCAGAAACUGAAACACAUGGUACUGGAUAAAAUGCAUGCCCGGGCCCGAGGACCACGAGCUGUUCUUACCAGGCAGCCCACUGAAGGACGAUCUCGUGAUGGCGGCUUGCGUCUUGGAGAAAUGGAACGCGACUGUUUAAUCGGCUAUGGAGCAAGCAUGCUUUUGCUGGAGAGACUAAUGAUCUCAAGUGAUGCCUUUGAAGUUGAUGUCUGUGGGCAGUGUGGACUCCUGGGAUAUUCUGGCUGGUGCCACUACUGCAAGUCAUCGUGCCAUGUGUCCUCCCUCCGCAUCCCAUAUGCCUGCAAGCUGCUCUUCCAGGAGUUGCAGUCCAUGAACAUUAUCCCCAGGUUGAAACUGGCCAAGUACAACGAGUAAGGAUGAGUAGGGUCACUGAGGGCCAGCACCCUGUACAGCCAAAAGCAGAGGACUCACGAGAAACUGAGAUGAGGAAGAGCAGCCUUCUGAGUUUUGAAAUGCUGGCUGAACAAACUUGACCAAGAGCUUCGAGCCACAGGAGAUGCUGGCCCCACAGACUACAGUAUCAUGCUGAGUCACAGGGACACACAAGCUAAAGUGAUUAUGAACUCCUGUUAAUUUUCUUUUGCUUUGAGUGAGAAUCUCACUCUAGCCCACGCAGGAUUUGAACUCACCUCAAUCCUCCUGCCUCCUUCUUUCACAAGUACUGGAUUUACCAGUAUGAGUUUAUUUAUGUUAUUAUAUUUUAAAAUAUACUGAAUAGAAAAACCUUCCUUCUUAAAACUCCCCAUGACAUCUUCUGGUUAACAGAACUCUGGUUUCUCAUCAGACAUGGAAGACAUAAAGAAUCAUUUGAACUGGGACUAUGGUGUUACUUCUGUCGGUAAAGAACCUAUUGCAGAAACACAAGGACCCGAGUUCAUCCCCAGCAACCCACAUCAGAGCUGGACACGACCCUGGACAUAGCAUCUAGUACCCAUGUACAGAUCUGAUAGUGUGGAGGUGGGGUAGGGGCAGACAGGCAGAUGCCGAGCUUACUGAGCAAUGGUGUAGCCAGUGACUGCACUUCAGUUCAGGGAGAGACCCUGUCUCAAGUGGACAGUGAGGAAGACCCCCCCCCCCCCAGUGUCCAUCCCUGGCCUCCACACACAUACAAAGAAUGGUUAGAUUUGUUGGAAAAAGUAAACUGACACCCAAAGGGCAGCAGGUAACACAAGGGCUCUGUAUGGCGUGGGAGGGCCAGCAGUUACAUCUUGCUCUCACACACUGAGACUUCAGUCUUGUUGGAUUGUGAUCAGUGCAGCCCGCCUUGCAAGAAUGUCCUUCCUUAAAUACCAGGUUGCAGUUAUUUUGAACCUCUAAGAUACCCAGGUACAAUGUGUGGACACCUGGUCAUCCCUGUCCCUUCCAUUCCUACCAGGGUAUUAAUCGUCCAUUCUCUCCACUGUGUGCCCUGAAGCCUGAUAAAUAUUUGUACUAAGGAUUAUUUAUAUUAAAAAAGAGAGUCCAAGAAGCAA